UCUUAUUUCAUACAUCGAUCUAUUAGCUCUCUCUCUAGUUCUUCCUCUUCAUUAAUCUUAUUAUCAUAUAAGAAUAUGGAAGUCUCAUCAUCCCUAAUUGUAGGGAACAAAUCACACUACGUUUCUUCUUAUCAUAAUGAAGACAAUAUUACUGUUAUGUUUUUCAUAGCACUAUUAUUGAUAAUAGUGUUAUUAUUACUACUACAUAUUAGUGGUAAUAAGAAGAAGCAGCCCACUACUACAACUCUUCCUCCGGGUCCCUCCCCAUGGCCGAUCCUCGGAAACAUUCCGGAGAUAUUGCGGAACAGGCUAGCGUACCAGUGGAUCCACCGUCUCAUGAAGGAGAUGAACACAGACAUUGCCUGUAUCCGCCUCGGCACGGCCACGCAUCUCAUCACUGUCACCUCUCCGGAGAUAGCCAGAGAGUUCUUGAAGAAACACGACGCAGUGCUCGCUUCCAGACCCGACACGGUGGUCACUUCUCUAAUAAGCCGCGGUUACAAGGCCACUGUCGUCACUCCAUCCGGAAACCAGUGGAAGAAGAUGAGAAGAGUUCUGGUGUCCGAGCUCUUCAACCGCUCUAAGCUCGCUUGGCUUCUCCAGAAGAGAACCGAGGAAGCUGAUGAUCUGGUUCGCUUCGUUUAUAGCCAGGCCUUGGCUAGCAGUGGCGGUGGAGAAGGAGGAGGAGGAGUGGUGAAUGUGAAAGUUGCCGCGAAGCAGUACGCGGCAGGGGUAAUGAGGAGAAUGAUGUUCGGUAGAGGAUAUUCUGGGAAGCGAAGAGAGGACGGUGGCCCUGGGAAGGAAGAGGAAGAGCACGUGGAGGCUUUGCUUACUGUGCUGUCGCAUGCUUAUGCCUAUUCUGUAUCGGACAUUCUGCCAUGGCUGCGGUGGUUUGACUUAGAUGGUCAUCAGAGGACUGUUGGUGAAGCCAUAAAAGUGAUCAACAACCACCAAGACUCGAUAAUCAGCAAGAGAAUUCGAGAGUGGAGAGAGGACGAGCAUGCUGAGGCCAAGAACAAGAAGCAACCUUCAGACCUGCUUGAUGUUCUCAUCUCGGCCAAAGAUUCUGACGGGAAUCCGCUUUUGUCGGACGAUGAAAUCCGAGCACAAGUCACGGAAUUGCUUUUAGCAGGAAUUGACAAUUCAUACAAUGCAGCAGAGUGGGCACUCUCAGAGAUGUUGAACCAGCCAGAGAUGCUUGAAAAGGCAACCGAAGAAAUCGACAGAGUGGUUGACAGUGGCAGUGGCAAACUCCUCCAAGAGUGUGACAUCCCCCAACUCCCUUACCUUGUGGCCUGCGCAAGAGAAGCUCUCCGCCUCCACCCGGUCACUGCCUUCAAUCUUCCCCAUCUGUCCACCGCCGACUGCACCGUGGCUGGCUACUUCAUUCCCAAGGGCAGCCACGUCCUCCUCAGCCGCCACGGCCUCGGACGCAACCCGGCUGUGUGGGAUCAGCCGUUGCGCUUCAAUCCGGAGCGCCAUCUUCUGGAGAACAAGUGUGACUUGGGGGAUCCGGAGCUGCGGUUCAUCAGCUUCUCGACAGGGAGGAGAGGGUGCGUCGGAAUGGUGCUGGGGACCAACAUGACUGUUAUGCUUUUGGGAAGACUGUUGCAGUGUUUCACCUGGACGAUUCCACAAGGAGUGGAGAAGAUCGAUCUGAGGAGUGGAGAGGGCAGCUCUCUCUUUAAGGCUACGCCAUUGUAUGCCCAUGCAAAGCCUCGCUUCAAUCCAUCUCUUUAUACAUCAUUAUCACAUGAAUGAAUCAUCAUCAUUAUUAGCUAGCUAGGGAAUUUAUCAUCAUCAAUAGCCAGCUAGGGAAUUCAUCUUCAUCAAUAAUGUGACAAAUGUGUGUACACAUCAUACGUGUAGAUUUCAAAAAAUUACCCAUAUUCAAAAAAAAAAAAAAAAUCAUAGGCACACUCGACUUAAAAGUUAUAUACUUUCUAUUAAUUGCAUCGAGUUCUAUUUGAAUUCCUGUCGAUGCAAAUGGAUUUUUUCAUGAAAAACAUGAUUUUUAAGGGUCCAUCGAUCUAGAUAUCAAUGUAUAUCGAAUUUUCUACAAAUUUUUAUGUUUCAAAUCUAAAAAAUUGUAAAAAAAAUUGC